AUGGCGCUCAGCAAAGCUUUCUGGUACUACCGCAAAGCUGUGUGCUGGUCGAUUCUGAUAUCAUUGGCCAACAUCAUGGAGUCAUACGACAUCCAGCUCAUCAAGGGAUUUUACGCCUUCCCUCAGUUUAACAAGAGAUACGGCUUUCAACUAAAGAACGGUACUUACCAGGUUGAUGCUAACUGGCAAUUGGCCUUGAGCCUGGCGCAAUUCUGCGGACUCAUCAUAGGUGUGUUCGCCAACGCGCCCCUCGCUGAACAAUUUGGACCGCGAAGAGUGAUGAUGAUUGCGUUUGUGUUCCUCACAGGGUUCAUCUCCUUGACAUUUGAGGCUCAAUCUAUUCAAAUGCUUUUUGGUGGGGAGCUACUUUGUGCACUAACUUGGGGUAUAUUUGCGGCAGCGGCACCGACCUACGCCGCAGAAGUCGUACCUACAUCAUUGAGAGGAUACGUUACAACGUAUGUGAACCUGUGUUGGGUCAUGGGCCGUAUCCUUUCGACUGGAGUCCUUCGUGGCACACUCUCAAUACAGUCCGACUGGUCCUUCCGCAUCCCUUUUGCGGUCCAGUGGGUCUGGCCACCAUUCUUAAUACUUGCAACCUACUUUGCUCCCGAGUCCCCAUGGUACCUUGCACGCAAAGGCCAGAACAAAGAAGCCAAAAGAUCACUCGAUCGACUCGUCAGCGCCCCUGCUACAGCCAUCAACACAAAUCACACACUAUCCAUGAUCCAGCAUACCAUCGAGCUAGAACGUGGUAUGAAGGUUGGUGGCUCUUAUCUUGACUGCUUCAAGGGGACAAACCUGCGUCGAACCGAGAUCGCCAUGGUUUCAUGGGGCCUACAGAUCCUCCCCGGCUUUGUCAUUCAGAACUACACAACCUACUUCUUCACCCUCGCCGGACUCUCCCCCAGGAACUCUUUCAACAUGUCUAUGGGCACCUUCGGCAUGGCUUUUGUCGGCACUUGUUUAUCAUGGGUAUUGCAAACCCAUAUGGGACGAAGGACUAUCUAUCUCUGGGGUCUGAUAUGCAUGUUACCCAUUAUGUGGAUCGUCGCGGGCCUGGAAUACAUGCCAGACGCGCACACAAAUGCCAACAUCCGAUGGAUCCAGUCCGCGCUACUGAUGAUCUGGUUCUUCAUCUACGGCAGCACAAUUGGUCCCAUUCCGUACGCCAUUGCGUCAGAAGUCGGUGCCACCGAGCUCCGCGCCAAAACAAUAGCGCUCGGCCGCAAUGUGUACUAUGUCCUAGCAAUUGUCAACAGCGGUAUCUCGCCAUAUAUGCUGAACCCAAGCAGAUGGGAUCUCAAAGGCAAGGCUGCGUUUCCUGGUGCGGUGUUCACCUUGUGCAUGAUUGUUUGGACGUAUUUUAGAUUACCGGAGACAAAGGGGCUGUCCCCUGCGACACUAGAUCAUUUGUUCCAUGAGAGGAUAUCAGCAAGAGACUUUAAGAGAGAAUCAGCAAGAUUCCAGUAG